AUGCGCCAUGGCACCGUUUCUGCCGGGCUGUUGCUUUUGGCGCCUGGUGCAGCGGCCAGGGAGGACUUGUCCUGUGAGGGCUACAUCCAUGAUGGUAUUGACUGGGGAAAUCUGCGGCGGCGCUUUGAGAUCUAUGCAGAUAAGUAUCUGGAUCGGCCGCAACUUCUGGCAGAGGAGUUUGAGAUGGCAAAGAACUAUGCCUUCAGCUACUCUCCAGAGAACAGUUGCAUUUUGGGAGACCUGUCCUUGAGGUUCUUCCUCUGGCUGUCUGUGGCUCCUGCGGAGCUGGCAGAGAGUGUCGAGGGCUCCAAGGGGAUGCUCGCCGAGAUCAUGGAGGAAGCCGUGGCCGACCCCCAUGGUAUCAUGAUAUCCGAUGUUGGAAGCGGAUCACCAUGGGGGGGUUGA